CUGUCAGUCCUGAGGGCAGGAUGGAGAAGUUGCGGCUCCUGGGCCUCCGCUACCAGGAGUACGUGACUCGUCAUCCUGCCGCCACGGCCCAGCUGGAGACGGCGGUGCGGGGCCUCAGUUACCUGCUGGCAGGUCGCUUCGCCGAUUCACACGAGCUGUCGGAGCUAGUGUACUCUGCCUCUAAUCUGCUUGUUCUGCUCAAUGACGGGAUCCUCCGGAAGGAGCUUCGGAAAAAGUUGCCUGUGUCACUGUCCCAGCAGAAGCUACUGACAUGGCUGAGCGUGCUGGAGUGCGUGGAGGUGUUCAUGGAGAUGGGGGCCACCAAGGUGUGGGGAGAAGUAGGCCGCUGGCUUGUCAUCGCCCUCAUCCAGCUAGCCAAGGCUGUGCUGCGGAUGUUUCUGCUGAUCUGGUUCAAGGCUGGCCUCCAGACCUCACCCCCCAUCGUUCCUCUGGACAGGGAGGCCCAGGCACGGCCCCUGGAUGGUGACCCCAGCCCUGGCAGCCAGGAACAGCCCUAUGUGGGGAAGCGGUCGAGCCGCGUGGUGCGAACCCUGCAGAACACUCCAUCCCUGCACUCAAGGCACUGGGGCGCCCCCCAGCAGCGAGAGAGACAGCAGCAGCAGCACCACGAAGAGCUGAAUAUCACCCCCACUUCACUGGGGCUUCAGGAGACCAUCGCAGAGUCCUUGUAUAUUGCUCGGCCCCUGCUGCACUUGCUCAGCCUGGGCCUCUGGGGCCAGCGGUCGUGGACGCCUUGGCUUCUGUCUGGUGUUGUGGACGUGACCAGCCUGAGCCUCCUGAGUGACAGGAAGGGCCUGACCCAGAGGGAACGGCUAGAGCUCCGGCGCCGGACCACCUUGCUGCUCUUCUACCUGCUGCGCUCCCCCUUCUAUGACCGCUUCUCUGAGGCCAAGAUCCUCUUUCUGCUCCAGCUGCUGGCAGACCAUGUCCCUGGCAUUGGCCUGGUCACAAGGCCGCUCAUGGAUUACUUGCCCACCUGGCAGAAAAUUUAUUUCUACAAUUGGGGCUGACAGUCAACCUGGAGUGGGGUGCCGGGAGGGG